CUGUUCUGGCCAAGAACACUGCCUUGAAUUUUGGAUUGCCUACAAGCUCUGCAGAAUUCUCAAUUUUCCUUGUUCACAAGGUAUAAUUUUCUGCAACAGAAGCUCUGAGAGUGGUGCAGUGCAAGAACAGUGAGCAACAAUAUGGAAAACAAAAUAAAAAAUAAUAACAACUACACUAAACUAAGCACUGGUAAUCCUUCAGUGUACCUACUGAAUCUGAGAGACACAGGAAGUGGUGCUCUUCACAAAAAAGACUUUGGACAUACUUGUCAUUGUACUCAUCCAAACAAAACAAUAAUGCUCAUGGGUGCUACUGGCUCUGGAAAGAGCACUCUCAUUAAUGGCAUGAUCAACUAUAUACUCGGAGUGGAGUGGAGUGAUUCAUGUAGAUUUAAACUGAUAGAUGAGCAAACCAAUAAAACACAAGCCGAGAGCCAGACUUCAGACGUUACAGCAUAUCAGAUUCACCAUCAAAAUGACUUCCAGGUUCCCUAUUCAGUCACAAUCAUAGACACACCAGGGUUUGGAGACACGAGAGGAAUUGCACAAGACAAGGAGAUCACUGAGAAAAUCAGAAAGUUCUUUUCUGAAAAAGAUGGCAUCCUUACUCUUGAUGCUGUUUGUUUUGUGGUACAGUCAGCUUUAGCUCGACUAACCCAUACCCAGAAAUACAUUUUUGAAGCUAUUCUUUCAAUCUUUGGAAAAGACAUAGCAAACAAUAUCACUGUUAUGAUAACAUUUGCUGAUGGACAGAAACCUCCUGUACUAGAAGCCAUUAAAGCUGCUGAUAUCCCUUGUGGAAAAAAGGAAGAUGGAACACUCCUUCAUUUCAAAUUCAACAAUUCUGCACUUUUUGCUCAGAAUAUAGACUUGGAUGAUGAAGACAACUUUGAUGAAAUGUUCUGGAAAAUGGGCAAAGGAAGCAUGAAACGAUUCUUUAAUCACUUAGGGACAAUGGAAACCAAAAGUCUUCAGCUCACAAAAGAAGUUCUGUCUGAACGCAAAACCUUAGAGACAGUUGUAGAUGGAGUGCAACCCCUCAUCCAAACCGGACUGGAAAAACUUGAUGAAAUCAAAAUGACAAGAUCGGUACUGGAAGAAAACCAGAAUGUCAUAAAGGAAAAUGAAAAUUUUGAAUAUGAGAUUGAAAUACCAAAGUGUAAGAAAAUUGACAUUGAAAGGGGAAAAUUUGUAACAAAUUGUCAUGGCUGCAACUUCACCUGCCAUUAUCCAUGUGCCUAUUCAAAUGAUCAAGAUAAACAACGUUGUUCAUCAAUGAAAAACGGCAACUGUACAGUGUGUCCUGGUAAAUGCGUGUGGAAUGUGCAUCACAACAUGCCAUUCAGAUUUGAAACUGAACUUGUAAAAGAGAAAAGGACAUAUGCAAAUCUGAAAAAGCAAUAUGAAGAGGCUUUAGGGAAAAGUAUGACAAUAGAGAAAAUCAACAAGCAGUUGGAGGAGGAAUAUAUGGAUGUACAAGAACAAGUCUUGAAGUUAAAUGAUAAACUUGCCAGAAGCCUGACACGUCUGAAGGAAAUUGCUCUCCGCCCUGAUCCCCUGUCCACACCAGAAUACAUUGAACUACUGAUUGAGUCUGAGAAGCAAUCUGCCAAAGCAGGGUACAAAAAUCGCAUUGCUGAACUGGAGGAGAUAAAAAAACGUGCUUUGAUUGUGCAGAAAGUGGAGAGAGGAGAACCACUUGCUGAACACGAGGAGGUCUGGAAGCCAAGGGAAAAAAUUGCUCAAAAAUUAAAUGGCUUGUUUAAUAAUAUGGUAACAUGGUACAAUAAACUUAAAAUUUAGAAACUAGAAAAAAAAACAUACCUUUGCAGUGCUAGUGACAUAAGACAGGCAUAAAUCAAUGACUUUUUUUUCCAAAGGAAAUUAUUCAGCUGUAUAUUCAACUUCUGCCUGUAUAUUGUAAAUUACAUGAUAAAAUCAGAUAAAUCUUUUCUGCAUAUAAUUUUAGUAUUCUGACUUUUUUUGGAUCAACAUAAAUGUGAUUUGUUUUUCUGCUUAUGUGCAAGUACGUUGCACUUAACGUACAGCAUGAUGUCUGCAGCAGGCUCUAAAUGCAAAUAACUAAUUAAAAAGAAGCAGAAAGUACAUAGUAGAUGUAAAUUGCAUGUUUUUUUUUAGUUAACAACUUCUUUUGAUUUUCUCGUCUCAUGAUAUAAUGUAUAAAAAAGUUUUGCUGUAAUUUUUUUCAGUGAAAACUACAUUAAUCAGUAAAUAUUCCAUAUCUCUGCCAUUUUCUAAUUAUUUUUAAAAAUUACAUACAUAUUGAUACUGGAUUUGCAAAGGUCAUGCAAAAAAUCCCCAAACCAGGUUCAAGGAUAUGUUUGUUUAUAUUUAGUAUAAACUGUAUUUUAUUUGGCCAGCUAACAAAAUCCAAUAACUUCACAAUAAUUUGUGAUCUAUUCUUGUAAAAAAUAUUCGUUUCCUGUAAAUGUAAAAUUCUAAUAUUGUAAAUUUCGAUAUUACUUUUUCUACUAAUUUGUCACUGUUUAGCCAAAUCUCAUUUCUAUACCAAGGUACAUUCACAUUUUUGCCAUUUGGCAGCUGCCCUUAUCCAAAGCGACUUCAAUUUGAUCUCAUGAUCGUCUCCAGUUGUCUAGCCAUUACAGUUUGGCCCUUGUCAAACUCGCUCAAAGCCUUACGCUUGCCCAUUUUUCCUGCGUCUAACACAUCAACUUUGAGGACAAAAUGUUCACUUGCUGCCUAAUAUAUCCCACCCACUAACUAAUAUUUAGUGUUAUUCACUUCAGUUGUCAGUGCUCAUAAUGUUAUAGCUGAUCGGUGUACAUUAAUACAUAUAGUAAUAGCUAAUUUACAGGGACUUAAAUAGCAGAUAUUCCACAUAAUCUAAUAAUCUAAUAAUUCUUGCUUACAUUUAAAAAUGUAUUAUCAUUUUGACUCUUUCUAUAUGUGGAUCUUUAUUUAAAGUUUAUCGAAAAUCCAGUCCUUCAGUCCUUUGUAACUAUAAAAUGAAACAUGCUGGCAAAUGCCUGGCAA